GCUCUCUCCCACGGUGCGGCGGUCGCCCGUAUCGUCCGUUCUCCGAGAACGUCCGUGGCGAUCCCCUGAACACCUCUCGGUGGCUGUGUGUGGUCCCGGUCCUUUUUUCUCAGCCAGUGGGUUCCAGUGCGGCUCGAUAACGGGGGACGACGCGAGUCAUCUACGACUGUCGUCGACAGCUUUUAGAGCGACUUAUUCACGGAGCCGUCUAAGUGAACUGACUCCGAUUUCGUGAUUCACAGGUAGUCUCAGAUAGUCGCGGAAUCGGACGAUUGCGCGUGAUUAAGGCCGGCGUAAGACCUUUUUCAAAAGCACUCCCCGGGUUUCGAGAGUGAGCGCACUCGUGAUUCCGGCCAGUGGCCGGACAGUCAUCCGCCCGCGGAUCCCUCCGAAGGCGCGUGUGGAGACUUCGACGACCGAUACGGAGGAUGUCAUGCUCCGUGGACCACCCCGGCUGCCGCGGCCGUCGCCGUGUCGCGGUGGCGACGAUCCUGCCGGCUAUCUUACGGUGAGCGUCGUGUGUGUGCGUGUUGCCUCCCUUGUGUCAUAGUACCGACGUAGAGCGACAUAGAGAAGCGACGUGGUGUGACUCUCGGUGAGCGUCGUUGACGAGUCAAUGAGACUCCAGAGACGUGGAACGACGCAGCGAAGCGCAGCCGGCGUGAUUCUUCGUGGUGAGAUUGACCGGUCUCUUCGUGUGAUAAUCGCGGAAGGAAGAGGUCUCGAUGUUGUUGUUGAGCCGAUCAGCGUGUGAUUUAUCCGAGGAAGAAUAUCGCGUGAAUAUCGCGGGCUGCACGGAGCGCGUUUCCUACGAGUGACAGUACGUGAUUUGGUGUGCGUUUGCCUCCUUAUCUACGUUUUCACGCGACGCCCAUGGAAAUUUGUGCCAAUCACGGAUUAAUGCAUGUCGGCAAUUGCAGCAUGGAGGACAUAAGUGCCACGGUCACCGGUUCAACCACGACAAGUACGAACACAGUCCAUCCUAGUGUAAACGAUAUGGACUGGUUCGCCGGUGUCGCCGAGGAAGAAUUAUUGUAUUAUACCGGCGUCGGCAACGACGUCGAUUCCCUGUGGGCUGUUAUUGGGAGCUUUGUACCGCCGCCACCUAGACCACCUUAUCUACCCGAAGAGAGCAUCGCCACCGAUGGGCUCACCACCUGCGAUUUGUGUUCAUGGGCAUGGAGAAACGAUAGGCAUUCUUUUUCCUUGGAUGGCACCCUUGAAGCUCCUGGAGAACUUGGAUGGGUGCUGACUCUUGUGAUAGUGUCCUUAGUAUCAGCAGGUAUAGGAGCGGUAGUGAUGAUGACUCUUCUCCAUUGUCGAAGGAUAAAAAGUGCCGGUGGCAGAGCGAGCUGCUGCGGCGUCGGCGUGGAGGACUCGAGCGUGCCCGACACCGGCGGGCCCGCGGGGGCGGGUGGCACCGGCGGCGGGGUGGCCGUCAUACCCGAUCGGCCGCCUCUCGAAUUAGACAAAUUACCGCCUUAUCACGACGUAGCGCCUAGUCCCGGGCACAACGUGUGGUCGUGGUUGGGCUCUCGACGAGGCGGCGGCACCCCGGGAGUCGUCACGACGCCGCUCUCCCUUCCCCAGCACCGACGGGCGAUGAAUCUCCCGGUCGAGAAUCACUACACCCACAUGCAAACCGAUGAGGCUCUGUACGCGGAACUGGACUCGCAGGCCGCGAGCUACGCGAGCGAUCUGCAGUUACAAAUGAGAGGAAGCUCGACGUACGGUACGACUUCCGGCGGCCAGGACGACGAAUAUCACGAAUUGGACGCUGCCAGAUUACAUCGUCAUUAUGGAGGUAGUGAUGGAUCGCUACAGACAGAUACACUUCGCACUCGACAUAGUAAAAGGAUACAAGAGCCGGACUACGAGAUGUACGAGAAUGGGCCGUCGACGCCGGUACCGCCGGGUCAGCAUCAGCAUCAUCACCGGCAUCACCAUCACCACAAUCAUCACCAUCAUCAUCAGGAACUGAGGCUCGGUAGCAGGAACAGCGAGCAUCAUCCCUCGUACCAGAACACGGCGUACACCGGAAGCGACGCCGAGCCGGACGGUCCGACGCUGAGCAGUGCUCCCAGCAGUGCCUAUUACAGCGAUCUCAGCUCGAACUCGGCGAAUCAGCAGAUGCCGACCGCGACGGUACCGUCCGCGACGGCAGCGACGACGGCAACGAUAACAACGACAACAACUUUGCACCUGAAUCCGCAGAAUCUGGACACGCCGCAGUACAGACUGGCGGCGAUCAACGAGACAACAGUGCCUUCGGAUUAUAUUUGA